GCAAAAUUGAUCUUUUCACGUUAUUGGGCCAUAUCAAACCCAUUCAGAAAAUAAUUCACGAUAUAUAAAUUCCUGAAAACCCUAACCAUCUCUUACCUCAUAUAUUCUCAAACCCUAUCUCUUUCUUCUCCGGCAGCAGUUCAACUCUUUGUUCUCUCCUUCAUCUCCAAUGGCUCCAAAGAAAGAUAAGGCUCCACCACCAUCUUCAAAGCCCGCUAAAUCUGGUGGAAAACAGAAGAAGAAGAAGUGGAGCAAGGGAAAGCAAAAGGAAAAGGUGAACAAUUUGGUGUUGUUCGACAAUGCUACUUUUGAUAAGCUUCUUUCUGAAGCUGGUAAACAAAAGGUCGUUACUGCUGCUACUCUUUCUGAGCGUUUCAGGAUCAAUGGAUCUCUCGCAAGGAGGGCCAUUAGAGAGCUUGUUGCCAGGGGCGCUAUCAAGAUGGUAUGCCAUCAUUCUAGCUUGCAGAUUUACACCAGAUCAACCAAUGAGAAAGUCAACCCUUCUGCUGCCUAAAAAUCUUUGAUCUUUCCCUAUGUUUGUCAGUAGAACUCCGUGCAAGUUUUGAAUGUCACUUAGGUUUUAAAUUUAUGUUUAUUCUCUGAUACUUGAGUUGCAUUUACUCUAAUAGAACUCCCUAGAGUUAGAGAAAUGGUUUCCCUGAAAUGUUGAACUCUAUAUUAUUACUUUUCAAGAUUGCAAAUUUUGAUAGGGCGUCGACUUUUUCA